CUGCAUCAACCCGCUAUAUGAGACCGAGCGCGGAUACAGAUGCCGUUUUCUUGAACAGCCGCACACAUGGAUGGAACCGAAACGAACCGGAGAAACUGCGCGAAACCGGAGCAACAGAAGAUGUUAGACUCCGGUGGAAACCAAAGUGGAUCUAAGGAUAGAGUGACUCUUAAAAAGGAAAUUGGUCUCUUGAGCGCGUGCGCCAUAAUUAUAGGUAACAUCAUUGGCUCAGGGAUCUUCAUCUCUCCAAAGGGUGUUCUAGAUCAUGCUGGCAGUGUGGGUUUUUCACUCAUUGUGUGGGUUCUCGGAGGAGGAAUCUGUGCCCUAGGGUCUCUUUGCUAUGCCGAGCUGGGCGUCACCAUCCCCAAAUCAGGUGGAGACUACUCAUACGUGACAGAGAUCUUCGGGGGACUGGUGGGCUUCUUGUUGCUGUGGAGCGCAGUGUUGAUCAUGUACCCAACAACUCUGGCUGUGAUUGCACUCACCUUCUCCAACUAUGUGCUACAGCCUGCCUUCCCAAACUGCCUGCCACCAUACAUCGCCACCCGCGUCCUCUCAACCGCCUGCGUCUUGUUCCUGACUUGGGUGAACUGCUCCAGUGUGCGUUGGGGGACACGGAUCCAGGAUGUUUUCACUGUGGGGAAGCUGCUGGCCCUUGUUCUCAUCAUUGUAGUGGGAAUGGUCCAGAUUGUCAAAGGACACUAUGAAGCAUUGGAGCCUCAGGCAGCUUUUAAGUUCAUAAAGGAUCCGUCAGUGGGGCAAAUUGCUCUUGCUUUCCUGCAGGCCUCAUUUGCAUACAGUGGAUGGAACUUCCUGAACUACGUCACUGAAGAGGUGGUUGAGCCUCGCAAGAAUCUUCCACGUGCGAUCUACAUCUCCAUCCCUCUGGUGACGCUUGUCUAUACUCUCACCAACAUUGCGUACUUCACCUCCAUGUCCCCUCAAGAGCUUCUAGAGUCGAACGCUGUUGCUGUGACAUUUGGUGAGAAGCUGCUCGGAAUAUUCUCAUGGGUGAUGCCCAUCUCUGUAGCUCUUUCCACCUUUGGGGGGAUUAACGGAUACUUGUUUACCUCUUCUAGGUUGUGUUUCUCUGGCGCCAGAGAGGGUCACCUGCCCUACCUGUUGGCUAUGAUCCACCUUAAGAGCUGCACACCAAUCCCCGCCCUGCUUGUUUGUUGUACGGCGACCAUAGUGAUCCUGUGUAUCGGGGACACUCAUAACUUGAUAAACUAUGUGUCUUUUAUAAACUACCUCUCAUAUGGAGUCACUAUAGCUGGGCUGCUGUACUACAGAUGGAAGAAACCCAAACUAUUCAGACCCAUCAAGGUAAACUUAUUUGUCCCCUGCAGCUAUCUAGUGUUCUGGGCGGUGUUGCUGGGCUUCAGUCUGUACUCGGAGCCUGUGGUGUGUGGUAUGGGGCUGGUCAUCAUGCUCACUGGAGUCCCCAUCUACUUCAUUGGAGUGCAGUGGAAGAACAAACCAUACUGGAUUUACAGUGCCAUGGAGAAAGUCACCUAUCUGGGACAGAAGUUGUGCUAUGUGGUCUUCCCCCAGGAAGAUCCUUCUGAAAUACAGCCUCUUACAGAAAAAUCUGAGCUGUGAGAGUCAGCACAGGACUUCUUGCACUCCUGUUUGGAAUAGCAAAGACCUGUCUUCCAUCCGUUGUUGAGUGUUUUCUUUGUCUGAUGCUGUAUGUGAGGAGAUGCUCCCCAGAAGCUCCUCUGAGACUCAGCCAUCACAGCAGAAGAAACAGAAGUUUUCUUGCUCUGACAUUACAUUUCUUAGUUGAAACACUUCUCCCCUCGCAUAUUUGUUCGGACAUCACCUUGUAAUUGAACGCACCAUCCUCCUAUCCUGUUGGAGGUGAAUUCCUAUGUCAAAAUCAUGUUUUCUCUGGGAGUUGUUCAUUUUUUGAGAACUCCUGGUGUAUUCUCAUGUGCCUUACAGGAUCUCUCUCUGCAUUUGAGGUUUUAUCUUUACUUUAAGACUUUUUAUUAGUAUUCCCCUGUGAGUGAAGGGGACCUGCCUGCUUACCUCUUAACCCAGUCUUCUGAAAUCUAAACUCCAUCUGUAAGUCUGAACUAUCUAGAGGAUUAGGCCCUGACCUCUAGUCCUCUUAAUAAUUACUUACUCCCCCCAAGCACAAAAAACAAAACAAAACAACAUAAUCCCUAUAGCUUCUCUCAACUGUCUAUGCAAUAAUAGUCUAGGCACUUUAAUGUAGUUGCCUGUUUUUAGCAUAUUGCACGCUAAAUGUAUUGCCAUGCUUCCUGAAUAAGCAACAAUCUCCUGCCACUGUUUAACAGAGGCUCUACCCCAGCACUCAUUAGCACUGCCAGUCUUUUAGCCUUAUGCUGAUGAUAGGAACCAUGAGAUGUUCCAAGUUCAUCCUAAAUAACGUUAUUUACAUAAAAGGUGCUUUUACAUUAAAAAAAAAAUCCUGCUAGGCAGACACUUUCAACUAUUAUCCAAAAGGAGACAUUGUCUCUUUUGGGCACUAAACAUGGAAAUUUCACUGAGCCAUAUGCAACAGUGACGAUAUCCAUGUCUUCAUUUACAAACUGACCACCAAACUGAAGUCCGUCAAACAGAUUUUUAGAUCUGAAUGAGUUGUUUAGAGUUUCACUUGAGUGCCCUCUUCAGGUCAGAUCUUUCAAGACACACGAUCAUACCCUGUACUCGUCUCUAUCCAUCUAAAAGUCUGCCAACUAGCAGUGUUCAUGCUCUCACUGCCCACAGCGGCGAAGGCACAAUGAAAAGCACAGUACAGUGAAAUCUUAAUGUAAAUAUUACAUUUCAAAGACAUCAGGGACUCAUUGUGAGAUCACAUUCCUGACAUUAGUAAAGUGUGAAUCGUAUGUAUUAAAGAUUAUGUUUCAUAUUGUAUGCACUAUAGAUAUGUAUGCUGAUAUACUUGUUUUAUAAAAAUGUUAAAAGGUGUUUAUCAAUAACAAUAUUAGCACAUUAAAUUUAAUUCUAAAAAAG